AUGGCUUCUGAAGAUUGGACUACUGUAUAUUCAGCACUGGAUGUGGAUGAGAAAGUAUCAGCUUAUAACUCUAUUAUAAUCAAGAUGCUUGACGAGUUCUUACCUGAAAAAACCAUCAGAGUACAUCACUCUGAUAAACCGUGGAUCACUGGUAAUAUUAAAAUGCAAAUCAAAGCUCGUCAGAAGGCCUUUUCUCGUGGUGAUCAGCCAAGAUACAAACAACUAUGCGAGAAAGUGGCAAAUCUUAUAACUAAAGCUAAAGCCACCUACUAUCGGUCCAAGGCCUCAGAAUUUCGUACCUCGAAUCAAUCGAAGUGGUAUAACUGUAUCUACUCUUUAGUAAAUGCCGAAAACACAACCCACACCCAAUUUCCACACAGGCCUGUCAGGUCCGAAAACCUAGACUGA